UUGGACACUCUGGCCUGAGCCAACAUUAUUUUGGUUGUGUAGACCGCAGCACUGUAAGCACCUACCUGUGGGUUUGCUGGGCUAUCAAGCUGUAAAGAGUGGAUUUGGAUUUUUUAUUUUUCUGAAGAGGUUGGAGUUUGAAGGAUUUUGUACAGGAAAGACAAGAAGAAGCUCUGGGCCACAUCAUGUCUGGAUCAAUACCCUUCUACCAGAAGCACCAUCGCCACUACGACCGUAACUACCGUAGCACAGAGGCAGAUUCUAAAAUGAGGCACUACCAGUCCAGCAGCAGGUACUCUGCUGGAACCAGCCUGUCCACCAGCAGCAGGGGACUUAAGGUGUCUUCUCACUCGGGACUGGAGGAAAACAGACUAAGCCCCUUACCCAAGCGAUCCAAGCCAUCUUACUUGGCUCUUGACAAAGAGAACCAAAUCAUCGGCUAUGUAGUGCCCAUCUUCAGGGGCAGUCAAGAGUUUGCUACGGGAUUGUCAGACACAGAGGAGGCCAGAGUGAGAGACACGGCUGCAUACAUGGCCCACAGGGACUUGUUUACGAGUGGUCUGGAGAUGGAGAGGUCAGAGGUGAUUUCCAGGAAGGAGGCCAUGCGUGAGUCGGCUGAACGCAUCUCUCUGAAUAAACGGAUCCAUGAACACGAGGAACACUUCAAGAGGAUGAACGAAGACAGCCUGAUGCACGCCCCGGAGUUCGUGAUUAAACCUCGCUCCCACACUGUGUGGGAGAAGCAGUGUGUGCGGCUGCACUGCACUGUCAGCGGCUGGCCUGAUCCCAGGGUCAUCUGGUACAAAAACAAUGUGGCAAUUGACCCACUUGCCAAUCCUGGCAAGUUUAAACUGGAGAGCAGAUACAAUGUGCACUCGCUGGAGAUUAACAAAUGUGAUUUUGAUGACACUGCCCAGUAUCGUGUUUCUGCCAUGAAUUCGCAAGGAGAGCAGUCUGCCUUUGCCUCUGUCGUGGUCAAAAGGUUCAAAGGUGAAAUUGAUGACACACUGCCAGUGCCCAGACUCGGCCCAGUUUCCGAGUACGGCAUCACGUUCCAGAUUCACAUCGUUGAUACGUUUGGAGUGUCGUUUGGAAGAGAGGGGGAGACCAUGAGUUUGGGCUGCACAGUAAUCAUCUACCCAGCUCUCCACCGCUACCAGCCGGAGGUUCAGUGGUACAGAGAUGAGACAUCCUGUCAAACAUGGUUUCAGCAUCUGCACACCAGUCAUCCUGAGCAUAAAGAGUGCCUGGAUCAUGAAGAAAUACAUUAUAAACAUGCUUAUCAUGGUGAUAUUGUAUGCUUAGAUGGAGAUGCAGAGGUGGAAGGGGCUCCUGGAGCCCCACUGGAUGUACGCUGUCUGGACGCCAACAAGGAUUACAUUAUUGUUACCUGGAAGCAACCAGCUGUUGAGGGUGGAAACGCCAUCUUGGGCUACUUUGUUGACAGAUGUGAAGUUGGAACAACUCACUGGGUUCAGUGCAAUGACACUCCGGUCAAGUUUGCCCGUUUCCCCGUCACUGGUUUGGUGGAGGGCCGAUCCUAUAUCUUCCGAGUCCGAGCAGUCAACAAGACCGGGAUCAGCCACCCGUCUCGAGUCUCUGAACCGGUGGCAGCAAUGGAUCCGGCCGAUCGAGCCCGCAUGAGAGGCACUUCUGCACCCUGGACUGGCCAAAUCAUUGUCACAGAGGAGGAGCCAGCAGAGGGCAUUGUUCCUGGCAGACCUCGAGAGUUGCAAGUGACUGAGGCAACCAAAAACUAUGUGGUCCUGAGUUGGAAGCCUCCUGGAGAGAAGGGCCUUGAAGGGGUCAUGUACUAUGUUGAGAAGUGUGUCUCGGGCACAGAUAACUGGCAGAGGGUGAACACAGAGAUCCCAGUCAAGUCUCCUCGCUUUGCUCUGUUUGAUCUCGCUGAGGGAAAGUCCUACCUGUUCCGUGUCCGCUGCUGCAACUCUGCUGGUGUCGGUGAACCGUCUGAGCCAACUGAAGCCAUCACUGUGGGCGACAAGCUUGAUAUCCCAUCGGCUCCGGGGAAAGUCGUCCCCACCAGAAACACGGACACAUCUGUCGUGGUGAGCUGGGAGGCAUCUAAGGACGUCAAAGAUUUGGUUGGGUACUACAUUGAGUGUAGUAUUGUUGAGAGUGAUGUGUGGGAGCCAUGCAACAACAAGCCUGUUAGGGCAACAAGGUUCAUCUGCCAUGGGUUGGUUACUGGAGAGCAGUACGUGUUCAGGGUGAGGGCUGUGAACGCCGCAGGGCUCAGCCAGUUCUCCCCAAUAUCAGAGCCAGUGGAAGUAAAAGCUGCGAUUGGGGGCGGCAUUCCACACGCGUCUCCUGCUCCACCCUAUGGCAUCACCGUUCUGGAGUGUGUACGCGACGCCAUGGUGCUCUCUUGGAAGCAGCCAACCUUCGUUGGAGGAGCUGACAUCACCGGCUAUUUUGUAGAUUACCGUGAGGUCGUUGAUGGCGUGCCGGGGAAAUGGCACGAGGCCAAUGUGAAGGCUGUGAGCGAGAGGGCCUACAGGGUGUCGGAGCUGCGGGAAAACAGAAAGUAUCAGUUCCAGGUGCGAGCUGCUAACAUGGCGGGCGUCGGGAUCCCAUCAAUGCCCAGUAACACCUUCCUGUGUGAGGAGUGGACCAUUGCUGUACCAGGACCUCCUCACGAUCUGCAGGUUUUAGAGGUGCGUAGUGAUUCCCUGGUGUUGCUGUGGAAACCUCCCGUGUACCAGGGCCGCGAUCCGGUCAACGGUUUCUACGUUGACAUCAAGGAAGGAGAUGCACCGGAGGAAGACUGGAGGGGCGUCAACACCAAGGCUGCAGAGAAAACGUACCUCAAGGUUAAAGAUCUUAAGGAAGGACAGACGUAUGUGCUGAGAGUGCGUGCUCAGAAUAAAGCUGGUGUGGGCAAAACCUCAGAUGUUACAGAGCCAGUCCUAGCUCUGACCAAACCGGGCACUAAGGAGAUAGUCGUGGAAGUCGAUGAUGAUGGUGUAAUCUCCCUGAACUUUGAAUGCUCUAACCUGACGCCUGACUCCAAAUUUGUGUGGUCCAAGGAUUAUGAAGAAAUCACAGACUCCAGUCGUCUGACCAUAGAGACCAAGGGAAACAAAUCCAAAACCGUUUUCAACAGUCCUGGGGAGGAGGACAUUGGUGUCUACUCAUGUCUUGUCACCCAUACUGAUGGUGCUUCAUCCAGCUACACUCUUUCUGAAGAAGAGCUAAAGAGGCUGCUGGAGGUUAGUCAUGACCACAAAUUUCCAAUUAUUCCACUGAAGUCAGACCUGGCAGUCGAGUUACAGGAGAAGGGCAGAGUGCGCUUCUGGCUGCAGGCGGCGCAAAUGUCAUCGAACGGCAAAGUGGAUUACGUUUUCAAUGAUAACGUUCUCUCCCAGGGAGAUAAAUACAAAAUGAACUUUGACAAGAACACCGGUGUGAUUGAGAUGUUCAUGGAGUCUCUGACUCCUCAAGAUGAAGGGACUUACACUUUCCAGCUGAACGACGGAAAAGCAACAAAUCAGUCCAGCUUGGUCCUGAUAGGUGAUGUGUUCAAGCAGCUGCAGAAAGAAUCAGAGUUCCAGAGAAAGGAAUGGUUCAGAAAGCAAGGUCCUCAUUUUAUUGAAGGCUUGAGUUGGGAGGUAACGCCAGAUUGCUGCGUGAUACUCAAGUGCAAGGUUGGCAACAUAAAGAAGGAUACCUCGGCUCUGUGGCACAAAGACGGACAUCAGAUCAAAGCCGAUGAGCAACUCGGCUUCACAGAGGGAGUUCUCAAACUGGAAAUUGCCCAGAUUUCCAGAAAGGAUUCUGGUGUGUAUGAGGUUGUUCUAAAGGAUGAGAGAGGAAAGGACACAUCCACACUGAAUCUGACAGAUCAAGGUUUCAAAGAAUUGAUGAAUGAAGUUUUCAGCUUUAUUGCUAAUUCCUCCACUCCACUGAAGAUCACAAGCACAGAUGAGGGAAUUCGACUCUACACAUUUGUCAGCAUCUACAACGACUUGCUCCAAGUCACAUGGCACUACAAGGACUCGGCGAUCUCCUUCUCUGACCGUAUAAAGAGCGGUGUGGUUGGAGAACAGCUGUGGCUUCAGAUCACAGAGCCCACAGAGAAAGACAUGGGAAAAUACGCCAUAGAGUUUUACGAUGGAAAGGGCGGUCUCAGGAGAACAGUGGAACUCUCUGGUCAAGCAUUUGAUGAUGCUUUUGCAGAAUUUCAGAGACUCAAAGCUGCAGCUAUUGCAGAAAGAAAUCGUGCUCGAGUGGCAGGAGGCCUGCCUGACGUGGUGACUAUACAGGAGGGCAAGGCUCUCAAUCUCACCUGCAACAUUUCGGGCAACCCCGUGCCAGAGGUCACCUGGCUGAAGAACGACCGGGAGAUCACCUCCGAUGAGCAUUGCAUCCUGAAGUUUGAGUCAGGCAAGUUUGCCAGCUUCACCAUCACCGGCGUGAACACGUCGGACUCCGGCAAGUACAGCAUUCUGGUGAAGAACAAGUUCGGCACAGAGAGCGGCGACUUCACCGUAAGUGUGUUCAUCCCGGAGUCAGGCAGGAAAUAGUACUAGUGGUCCAAGUCUUAUAGUAAAUACCUGUAAAUGGAGUUCACUGGAAGGAAAAAAAAAAAGAGCUGGAGGAUGCUUUUGACGUUCAGUGUCUAAAUGAAACUUGAAAGGUGCUGCGUCGGAACUUAAAACUUAAAGCAGUUUCUGUGAGAGUUGAUCUCCAUGUUUCAUCCAACACUAACUAAUUUGAAUAAAUAUGGUUAUUUCUUCCGAAUCCAAAUAUUACUGGUGCAAUUUCUGUUUGUGUAAAGUUGUAGCAUGCAGAAGAAAGUAUUAGCUUUAGAAGAAUAAAUAAAACUUCUUCACUUAACAAAAGAAAAAUACCUGCUAAGCUGUUUGAAUCAAAUGCUUUGAUCUAGAAAAUGUUAGUUUACAUGGAACAUCUAUUAAAACAUGAAUGUUUUCACAUUUGCUGCAGAUUUUUGCAAGCUGCGCUACUCACCAAGUCAAAAAUAGAAUGUUCUCUUUUCUUGAAUCUCUUCACAAAUUCUAAGACAACUGAUAGUGUUAACGUUAGUAUCAUUUCACGAUCAUUUCCCAAUAACGUAAAACAAUAAAAGCUAAAGACCCAGAGCUUCUCAUCAAGAAAUAUUCGCCUUAAUUAUGAGUACAACAGUUCAGGCCCCAGUUGAACAUGAAGUUAAUAUUGUUGAUGUGUUUUUGGUGCAAAUAAAAUUAGUAGCAAAUGUGUUAAAACAUGAGUAAUUUCAUUAGAUUGUAUGUUUCUGCCACUUUAAUUGUGACACCCUGACAUCACUUUGUUCCACUGUCUCUAGUCAGUAUUCUAUGUCUGCACAUUACUUUUAAUGUUUUUCACUGUUGUCAUGACAAACCCAUCACAAUCACUGUUAUUACUGAUGACAGUAGUUAUCGCUCCACUUCUUGUUGCCCUGUUUCCUGAUUAAACUAAUAAAUAUUGGCAUGUAUCCCCA